AUGCCACGUCGUAAUAGUAAUUUCCCAUCAAUACCAUUAAUUGCUACAAUAGAUAUUGGUACAACAUCAGCAAGAGCUAUAUUAUUUUCAGACGAAGGACAAGAAAUUGCAAAACAUCAAAUAGAAUAUUCUACAACAGCAUCAGAAGCACCAGAAAAUUCCCAAAAUACUGAUCAAUUUAGAAGAAGAUCUUCAUUAUUAAGACAUAAUGAACCUAUAUUUUCAGCUGAAGGUAUUGCAAUUUCGAUUGAAGAUAAUGUUGAAAUUGAAAAUAAUAAAUCAUCAGUAGGACCCACUUUAAGAUUUCCACAACCUGGUUGGGUAGAAUGUAUGCCUGUACAUAUCUUGGCAAAUGCAGUACAAUGUUUAGUUGCAUGUUUAAUAACAUUAAGAAAAAUAAAUCAAAAUCCAAAUUUGAAAGUUAAAUAUAAAGUAAAAUGUAUAGGGAUAGCAAAUAUGAGAGAAACCACUAUCGUGUGGUCAAGAAAAACUGGAAAACCUUUAAGUGGAGGUAUAACUUGGACAGAUACAAGAACUUCAGAAAUUGUUCAACAUUUGGAAAAAAUGAUUGAUGAAGAUAGAAAAGCUGAAUUAAAAGAGAAAACAGGGUUACCAUUAUCAACAUAUUUUUCAGCUGCAAAAUUGAGAUGGUUAUUGGAUAAUGAUGAUGUAAUAAGAGAGGAAUAUGAAAAAGGAGAUGGGAAUUUGAUGUUUGGUACCGUCGAUACUUGGUUAAUUUAUCAUUUAACAAAAGAAAAAAAUUUCGUAUCAGAUAUAACAAACGCUUCAAGAACUUAUUUUAUGGAUUUAGAAACUCAAGAUUAUGAUGAUGAUUUAUUGGAUUUUUGGGGUAUUGAUCCUACAAAAAUAAAAUUACCUAAAAUUGUAUCAUCAUCAGAAUUUUAUGGUUCAUUUGCUGCUCCAAAUUUAUCAAAUUUAGGGUUCCACAACAAAAUAACUCAAGAAGCUUAUGAUAUAUUGAAAACAAUAACUGGUGUACCUAUUUGUGGAUGUUUAGGUGAUCAAAGUGCUUCAUUAGUUGGUCAAUUAGCUUUUAAUCCAGGGUCCGCAAAAUGUACUUAUGGUACUGGUUGUUUCCUUUUGUAUAAUACAGGAACGAGAAAAUUAAUAAGUAAACAUGGAGCAUUAACUACUUUUGGUUAUUGGUUUCCUUCAUUGGAAGGUGAAGCAGGUAAACCUUAUUAUGCAUUAGAAGGGUCUAUCGCGGUAGCAGGAUCAAUUAUACAAUGGUUAAGAGAUAAUUUGAGAAUGAUUUCAAAUGCAAAAGAUAUAGGACCUUUAGCAUCACAAGUUGAAAAUUCAGGUGGUGUUGUUUUCAUACCGGCUUUCUCGGGAUUAUAUGCACCAUAUUGGGAUGGAGGAGCAAGAGGUACUAUAUUUGGUAUGACACAAUAUACUUCAGCGUCACAUAUAGCAAGAGCAGCAUUGGAGGGUGUUUGUUUCCAAGUAAGAGCUAUCUUAAAAGCAAUGGCAAGUGAUGCAGGAGGAUCUGAAGAUUUCUUAGAAGAAGCAUUAACUACACAACAUGAAAAAAAACCAUUAUCACAUUUAGCAACAGAUGGAGGUAUGUCCAAAGCAGAUGAAGUAUUACAAAUUCAAGCUGAUAUAUUAGGACCAUGUGUGACUGUAAAGAGAGCACAAAUAUCAGAAUGUACAGCAUUAGGAGCAGCUAUUGCAGCUGGAUUAUCAUUUAAAGAUGAAAAUGAAAGAAUUUGGAAAGAUUUAAAUGAUGUUGUUGAUAAAAUCACUGGUAAGAAUGAUGAUGAUUCAAAUACUUUUGUAGCUGAAUUACCAGAUGAUACAAGAAGAAAAAAUUGGAAAAGAUGGGAAAGAGCUAUUGAAAGAGCUAGAGGUUGGUUAAAUGAAGAUGAUUAG